GGCGCCAUAUUUGCCACAUCCGUUAAGCUAAGAGCUACAACGGCAGCAAGAGCAGCAGCAGUAGCAGGACUCACGAGACGACAGUCGCUUACAAGCUUUUCGUCUAAUUUGUUGUGUAAUCAUUGUUGCUAUAUUUUUAGUAAACAUAUGUAAGUGCAUAUGCAUGGACUUAGUGCUGUUGUUGUUAUUGUUGUAUUGAUUGUGAUAAAUAUUGCGUUAUUGUUGUUGAUAACUGAGACCAAUAUAUAAUAAUUGUUCUUGUUGUUAAAUAUAUACAUUGUGACUGUUUUUGUUGUAAACAAUAUUGUUGUUGUUUGCGUGCGUGAAAAUCCAGUGUUAAUUAGCGUAAAGUGUACAUCAAUCACUAACUGAAAUCACUAAUAUUAACUGAUACCGUUAUCGAUUUUUAUACAUACACGCAUAUACUACUUACAUACUUGUAGUUGCUUUCGUCACGCGUAAAAACGCAGAGUAGCAAAUAUUUUCGCCUAUCUAGGAUACAAAGCCUAUCUGCGCUAUCUGAGUACAGAUCAAGAGGAGAAGAUGUCGAUCAAUCCAAACGGGUAUAAAUUGUCCGAUAAAACGGCUCGUCUAACGGCACAUGAUCUUUUGCCGACAACAGUCAGCGCCACUGCUGAGACCCGAGAGUUCCUGCAGAAGGUCAUCGAUGUGUUACUGGACUUUGUUAAGGCGACCAAUGAUCGCAAUGAGAAAAUCUUGGAAUUCCAUCAUCCAGAGGAAAUGAAGACGAUACUAAACUUGGACAUACCCGAUCGAGCUGUGACCUUGCAGCAGCUCAUUGAAGAUUGUGCCACAACACUGAAAUAUCAAGUGAAGACUGGACAUCCACACUUCUUCAAUCAGCUGUCAUGCGGACUGGACAUCGUCUCCAUGGCUGGCGAGUGGUUGACUGCGACUGCCAAUACCAACAUGUUCACAUAUGAGAUUGCGCCCGUCUUCAUUUUAAUGGAGAAUGUGGUACUUUCGAAGAUGCGUCAAAUCAUUGGCUGGGAAGGUGGUGACUCCAUACUGGCACCAGGUGGUUCGAUCUCCAAUUUGUAUGCAUUCCUUGCGGCACGUCACAAAAUGUUCCCCAACUACAAGGAACACGGUGCCGCCGGUCUGCCCGGACAACUGGUGAUGUUCACCUCUGAUCAAUGUCACUAUUCGGUGAAGUCCUGCGCUGCCGUUUGUGGUCUGGGCACAGAUCACUGUGUUAUGGUACCAUCUGAUGAGCAUGGCAAGAUGAUUAUUUCAGAGUUGGAGCGUUUGAUAUUGGAACGAAAGGCCAAGGGUCACAUUCCAUUCUUCGUCAAUGCGACCGCUGGUACUACGGUGUUGGGUGCCUUCGACAACAUCAAUCAGAUAGCGGAUAUUUGCCAAAAGUACAAGUGUUGGUUGCACAUAGAUGCUGCUUGGGGUGGUGGUCUGCUUUUGUCGCGGAAAUAUCGUCAUCCCCGUCUCUCGGGCAUUGAGCGAGCCGACUCGGUCACUUGGAAUCCACAUAAAUUGAUGGGCGCUUUGUUGCAAUGCUCCACCAUACAUUUCAAGGAGGAUGGUCUAUUGAUUAGCUGUAAUCAAAUGUCAGCCGAAUAUCUAUUCAUGACGGACAAACAGUACGACAUCAGCUAUGACACCGGUGACAAAGUCAUUCAGUGCGGCCGACACAACGACAUCUUCAAAUUGUGGCUACAGUGGCGUUCCAAGGGCAAUGAGGGCUUCGAACGUCAACAGGAUCGUUUAAUGCAGCUUGCUGAAUACCAAGUGAAGCGUAUCCGGGAGCAGCCAGACCGUUUUCAUCUGAUACUCGAACCCGAAUUGGUAAAUGUUUCCUUCUGGUAUAUACCAAAGCGCCUAAGGGGUGUGCCACAUGAUAAGAGGAAGGAAGCUGAAUUGGCUAAGAUCUGCCCCAUCAUCAAGGGUCGCAUGAUGCAGAAAGGCUCACUGAUGGUCGGCUACCAGCCAGAUGAUCGACGACCAAAUUUCUUUCGCUCGAUCAUCUCAUCGGCCGCUGUGACCGAACAGGAUGUCGAUUUUAUGUUAGACGAAAUACAUCGAUUAGGUGACGACUUGUAAACGAAUGAUGGAACUGAAAAAGCUGAAUUAACUUAAAUAACGGACUGUACAAUUACAGUUACAUAUGUACAGUUAAGUAGGCCAAUUGCGCUACUUGCAGUCCUAAAGACAUUCAGGGCUGUAGGCAGUGCACACUAGGCGGCGACAUAGUUCAAUUAACGAAAAUUAGAAAAAAACAACAAAACCCAAAUCAAUAACUGAAUACAAAGAAAAAACAAACAAAAAAUGCCAAAAAAAAAUCAAAACUAUUAUUUAGCCAAAUCUAUAUCGACCAAGAACUAUCUUUAAGGUAAAAGCAUAUCAAAGCAAAAACAAAACAAAUAAUAUUGUUCGCGCCUGCGCAGCGCAUACAUUAUCACUUUAAACAUUUAUUGUAUUUAUGUAUGCAUGUAAUUCAUUCAUUCUUGCUGCAUAUAUACAUACAUAUUAAUGCGCGCUGUAAACAUUGUUAAGUAUUAAUCAAAUCAUUUUAAUUAACUGUUUUCAAUUGUUGUUGUUAUUGUACGCCUGAGACUUUAAUCACUGUUUCGUUUGUGUGCUAAACACAUACAUACUAUAUACAUAAUACAUAUAUAUAUAUAUGAAUACAUAUAUCUAAUGUUAUACAUUACUAAUUGCUAUAUACAUAUUUACAACAACAAAAACUAAAUAAAUAUGUAUUUAAGCUAAAUAUUAGCCAAAAGGGCUAAGGAGAUGCCUAAAAUUUGUGGAGUGAAGAUAAAUCCCCGACCUCGUUGUCAAUUACAUCUAGUCUAACGGUAUAAAGAACUUACAGUGUAAGCGCUCACACACGAAUAAAUGCAAGUAUAUACAUAUAAAUAAAUAUACGUACACAUAUUUAGGUAUAUAUCCAUAUGUAUGCAUGUACUUGCAUUUGACUGAGUGAGUGCUGUAAGUGAAAUAAACCGUAGCAAAGUAGUAAAUUAUUUAAUUAAAUGAAAUUAUUAACAGCUGUUUGUAUGUAUUUAUAUUUCAUUCAUGUAAAGGUGUGUGUAUUUUAAAAUUAUUAAAAAUAUAUAUGUUCAAAAAUACAUGCACUUAUAUAUAUGUAUGUAUAUUUGAGAAAAAUUUGAAAUAUUCAAACAAAUAUGCCGAAAUGACACAUUGUGCAUUGAACAAAAAUUAAAACAAAGUUGAACAGAACUUUAUGAAUACGCUUGGGACUGUUAAUUGAGUAAAUAAAAUUAAUUUAAAAAAAAAAAAACAUUUACAUAUAUACAUCUAUAUAAAUAUGUAUAGAAAAUGUAACUUAUAAUAUUUAAAUGAAGCAAACUAAAUGUGGAUUUAUUUAGAGCACCAUAACCACCAGCACGCACCAGAAAUGCAGCAUCAUCGCCCACCACCAACAACACACACAAGCCCCCGCCUGCAUACAGGGAGCUGGAGUUGAAGCGCUAAUACAGCUUCAGCUGAAAAUGCAACUACAAAAUAAUAUAAACAAUUAAAAAAUAACACACAUGCUAAUACAUAUGUAGAUAUUUAUUUUUGUUGAGCAAAUAUUAGAGAUUCCUUCGUAAAACAUAUUUCGUCCAUUAAACCAAAAAAAA